AUGAUCAAAGGCGGCAAAGGAAGAUUGAUCGAUAUGGCAGAAGUACAAGAACAUAACUCCCCAGAAAAAGGCGUCUGGGUAGUAAUUCAAGGACAAGUGUAUGAUAUCACUUCAUUCAUCAAUAAACAUCCUGGAGGUGAUCGAAUCAUUUUGAAAAAUGCAGGAAAAGAUGUUACGGAUAUUUAUGUCCCCGUUCAUCCUUCUGAUGCAAUUGCGGAGAAUCUUGAUCCUUCACAACAUCUUGGUCAAGUUGAUCCUUCAACUGUAAAAGAAGAAGCCGAAUCGGAAAAAGAUUUGAGUCAACGUGAACUUAAACGCAGAAAAGCUCUGAAGAAUUUACCUCCCAUUGGAACGAUCUUAAACCUUGACGAUUUCCAAAGGGUUGCACAAACAAUUCUCACCGAUCAAGCAUGGGCUUAUUAUUCUUCCGCGGCAGAUGAUGAGAUUACGAAACAUUUUAAUCGAUCAGCUUAUAGUCGUAUUUGGUUCAAGCCAAGGAUAUUACGUCCGGUGAUGGAGGUAGAUUGCAGUACAGAAUUAAUGGGGCAUGAUGUUUCUUUACCGAUUUAUAUCUCACCUGCUGCAAUGGCAAAGUUAGGACAUCCAGACGGAGAAGCAAAUUUAACAAAAGCUGCAGGAGAAGCACAAAUUGUUCAGGGUAUUUCUGCAAACGCAUCAGUUUCACUUGAUGAAACGAUUGCUAAUCGAAAAUCCGAUCAAGCUCUAAUUUAUCAACUUUACGUUAACAAAGAUCGAUCAGCAUCCGAAAAAAUCUUGGCAAAAAUUCAAAAACAACCUAAAGGAGCGUUUGCAGCGAUCAUGCUUACGGUUGAUGCACCCGUAAUGGGAAAUCGUGAAAGUGAUAUGCGUGCAAAAGGUGAAGAAGUUCAAACUGGUGGUGAUACGGAAGGAGGAUCAAGCGAAGGAAAAGGUGUCGGAGUGGCAAUUUCUGGUUAUAUUGAUCCGAAUAUUGGAUGGGAUAUCGUAAGUUGGUACAAACAACACUGCAAGUUACCUCUAAUCCUUAAAGGUGUUCAGACGGUUGAUGAUGUAGAACUUGCUUUCAAGAAUGGCUGUCAAGGUGUAGUCCUUUCAAAUCACGGUGGUCGUUCUCUAGAAUAUUCGCGAGCACCAAUUGACGUUCUCAUUGAAUUACAUCAAAAACGACCUGAUCUAUUACAAAAGAUUGACGUUUUGAUCGAUGGAGGUGUAAGAAGAGGAACAGAUGUUCUAAAAGCACUGGCUUUGGGUGCAAAAGGUGUUGGUCUCGGAAGACCGUUCUUAUAUGCUCAAUCAGGAUAUGGACAAGAAGGUGCAAGUAGAGCCAUUCAAAUCAUGAAAGAUGAAAUCGAACGUGGAAUGCGUUUACUAGGUAUCACUUCCCUGAAACAGUUGACGCCGGAAAUGAUUGAAAUCUUGCCACCUUCGUUCGAUCCUUAUCUUCUACAUCGUCAAGAAGAAAGACGGAGAGAAUAUGUCUUUGAACAUGAAGCUGCUACUGAGGAAUAA